GCUGCAGCCGAGAUGCAAAAGCUCGAGGCUGCAUUGGCCGCAGCGCAGGCGGAGCAGCGCAAACUGGAGGAUGCGCUGAUACAUUCGCAGCGCGAGGCAAGAAGCGACGCAGUGCUCAUAAGCAACCUCUGGGCAGCCAACCGCUACUUGGGCCUUCGCAGCGACUGA